AUGAGCAGCGGCGGCAAGGUCACGGGAGGGAGAAAAGGCAAUAAUAAUGAGAUUCCGACAGGGUCUAGGAAAAUAGUACAGAGCUUGAAGGAAAUCGUGAACGCCCCCGAGGCUGAGAUCUACGCUAUGCUUAAAGAGUGUAAUAUGGAUCCUAACGAAGCCGUUAAUCGCCUCCUCUCUCAAGAUCCUUUUCACGAGGUAAAGAGCAAAAAGGAAAAGAAGAAAGAGACAAGGGAUGUACCGGAUUCCCGGAUGCGUGGUGGUAAUAACACAUACAACCGUGGUGGGAGAGGUGGUUCUGAUCGUUAUGCUGGACGAAGUGGAUCUACCCAUUUCAACUCUACUGAUUCUGGAAACUUCCAGGGAAAAUCUACAAACAAGAAAGAAAGUGGGACUCAGGGUUACACAAGCUCUUGGUCUUCUGCAUCUGGAGUGGCAAACCACCAUCAGACACCACAAAGUGAUUCUGUUGUCACGGAAAAUAAAUUGCCACCACCUGCUGUCUCGAGCGAUGGUAUAUCAGCAUCACAGCCUGCUUCUGGAUAUCAUCAAACUCCAUGGUUUGGAGCUCCAGGCCAGAGAUCUAUGGCUGACAUUGUAAAGAUGGGUAGACCACAGAACAAGACGACAACAAACUCACAACGUAAUGUCAAUAUGCGUUCUGAGAUUAAUCACGAGCAUGAAGCUAAUGCAAAUCAUCAGGUCCCUGUUAAAGAUGAAUGGCCGACGAUUGAGAAGCCACUGGCUCCUCCGAGCACAGCUUCUGUAUCAGUAGCACCAGCAGAGUCAGAGGUAUGCGGUGGUACAGCUGAUUUUCAAUCUGAGAGAGUAGAUCAACAACAUCUGAGGGACCGUUUAGAAAAUAUACAUUUAGCAGGAAGUGGCCCUUCUAAAGAUCUUGGAGUGGAUCAUGUGCAACCUGGCUCUGUUGGAAAUGUCCAAGAAGAAGACUCAGGAGUUUCGUCUGAAGCUAAUGAUAAUCAGUACACAUAUGAGACGCAGAGCCAUCCUGUGGAACACCACAAAGAAGAAGAUGAGGUUUCAUCUGGUUCAGCCGACUUUCAACAACGAACCGUAGAUAGUCAUGACCAAGAAGCCUCGCAUGAAGAGGAUAGACGUGCUGUUGUUAUUCCAAAACAUUUGCUAAUCCAUACAGAAGAGUGCUCGGAAUUAAGUUUUGGAAGCUUUGGAGGUUUUGGGUCAAGGCCUUUGAGCAAAAAUGUAGAAGAGACUCCUGAUGUAGCUCCACAGGCACAGAUGGAACAUUCAGAUGCUAGAAAUACUGAGUUCUAUGGAGAUGAACGUCUUGGAAGUACAGUUAAUGGAAGUAUGGGCCACGCACCUGCAGCUGGAAAUUAUGAUGAUUCUUUGGAAUCUAGGCGAGAGGUUCUGAAGCAAGAAAACCCUGAGGGUGUUCAAGAGAACCAGUACACAUUUGCUCAGUCCGAGCCAGAGUAUGCUAAGCAGCAGCAGCUGAAUACUGCAUAUGAUGCGUCACAGACAAAUGCUCAGAAUCAAAUGCAGAAUCUUGCUUCGUUAUCAAAUGUGAUGCAGGGAUACCCACACUCAGAUCCUAACAGCCUAUUGGCACAAACAGCACAGAGGGAGCUUGAAUUACAGUAUUCCGCUUUUGCACAGUCUAUGCAGUCAAGAAAUAGCAACACUGCUUCUUCACUUGGUGGCCAAAGCAUUUCCAUGCCAGAGGCGCUUCGAGGCAGUGGAAUCCCAACGACGCAGCAAAACUUACAAGGUGCUGCUAAUAUAGCCACUGGACCAGCACUUCCUCAACAGCUUCCAAUGCAUCCUUACUCUCAACCAACAAUGCCGCUAGCACACUUUGCAAACAUGAUUAGUUAUCCUCUAAUGCCUCAGAACUAUCCCUACAUGCCAUCCGCUUUCCAGCAAGCCUAUGCUGGUAACAGCUCAUAUCACCAGCAACUAGCUGCUGCGUUGCUUCCUCAGUACAAAGCCAAUCUCUCUCCCAGUAAUUUGCCUCAGUCUGCAACAGCGCCUGCGUCCGCUUAUGGAUUUGGAAACUCCACCAACGUUGGAUCUGCUGGAAACUUCCCUCUUAAUCAACAGUCUGCUCCUACCGGUUAUGAAGAUGUUCUGAGUUCUCAAUACAAAGAGAGUAAUCAUCUCUUAGCACUUCAACAUCAGCAGCAGCAACAGAAUGAAAACUCGGCAAUGUGGCAUCACGGUCAUGGCUCUCGGACCAUGUCAGGUGUCCCGGAAAUGUCGCUCGAGCGCCAGCAGCAAAACCCUAGAGAUGGUGCGGGGGUUCAGGUUGGUCAGCAGCCCUCGGAUCAAACCCAGCAGAUGUGGCAAAACUCUUACUAA